CUUUUGGUCUCGCGACGAUGCUGAAGAGAAAGGAUUCGAUGGCGAGGAACGAGGGCGAGAAGAUGGAGAUUAUGCCUCUGGGAGCUGGAAGCGAGGUCGGCCGAUCGUGCUGCCACAUGACUUACAAGGGAAAGACGAUUCUGUUCGACUGUGGAAUCCAUCCCGGGUACACUGGAAUGGCCGCGUUGCCGUAUUUCGAUGAGAUUGAUCCGUCGACAAUCGACGUGCUGUUAGUAACUCACUUUCAUCUCGAUCACGCGGCCUCGCUUCCAUAUUUUCUGGAGAAGACCACAUUCAAAGGCCGAGUGUUCAUGACACACGCAACCAAAGCCAUUUACAAGCUUUUGCUCACGGACUAUGUCAAGAUCAGCAAAGGGUCUGUCGAAGACAUGCUGUAUGACGAGCAAGACGUGCUGAAAACCAUGGACAAGAUCGAGGUUAUAGACUUUCACCAAACUAUGGAGGUGAAUGGGAUACGCUUCUGGUGCUACACCGCGGGACAUGUCCUCGGGGCAGCGAUGUUCAUGGUGGAUAUAGCCGGUAUCCGGGUCUUAUACACAGGAGACUACUCCAGAGAAGAGGAUCGCCACCUCAAAGCCGCGGAAAUGCCAGAGUUUUCUCCAGACGUCUGCAUCAUAGAGUCGACUUAUGGCGUUCAGAUUCAUCAGCCGCGACACGUCCGGGAGAAGAGGUUUACGGAGACUAUAGCACAAACCGUGUCUCACGGAGGCAGAGUUCUCAUUCCGGCUUUCGCUCUAGGACGAGCACAGGAGCUUCUGUUGAUUCUAGACGAGUACUGGGAGGCUCACCCGGAGCUGCAACACAUCCCGAUCUACUAUGCUUCACCGCUAGCCAAGAAGUGCAUGGCGGUCUAUCAGACUUACAUCAAUUCCAUGAACGACAAGAUCAAGUCUCAGUACGAGAACUCGAAUCCCUUCAACUUCAAGCAUAUCUCUCCUCUCAAGAGCAUCGAGCAGUUCGAAGAUGUCGGGCCUUCGAUUGUUAUGGCUAGUCCAAGCGGUUUGCAGAGCGGGCUCUCUCGUCAGCUAUUCGACCGCUGGUGUCAGGACAGGAAGAACGCUUGCGUGAUACCGGGUUACGUUGUGGAAGGGACACUUGCAAAGACUAUACUCAACGAGCCGAAGGAAGUUGCCCUCGUCAGUGGCCUCGUAGUUCCGCUCAACAUGAGGGUGGUGUACAUCUCUUUUUCGGCACACGCGGACUUUGCUCAGACCAGCGCCUUCUUAGGGGAACUAAGGCCUCCGCACAUUGUUCUCGUUCAUGGAGAGCAGAACGAGAUGGGCCGUCUAAAGGUCAAGUUACAGGCGCAGUUUGCAGAACAAAACGUCAAGAUAAACUCGCCAAAGAACUGCCAACCCGUGGAGUUUUUUUUCAAAGGAGAGAAAGUUGCAAAGGCUGUUGGUAGGCUGGCGGAGAAAACACCAGACGAGGGGGGCGCAGUGAGCGGCCUGCUGAUCAAGAAGAGCUUCACGUACCAGCUGAUGGCUCCGGACGACCUUCAUGUUUACACACAGCUUUCCAGGGGCAGCAUCCAGCAGAGGCUCUCAGUCCCAUACGACGGCGCAUUUGUUGUGCUGCGACACAGGAUUGAGCAGAUGUACGACGGCGUGGAACACGUUACAAAGGCCGAGAGCCAGACACUGAGGAUCCAUGACAAGGUGACGAUUUCUCAGGAGUCAAACGAGCAUGUGGUCCUCCAGUGGGUGUCCGAUCCAGUGAGCGACAUGAUAGCGGAUUCAAUAAUUGCGAUCAUCACGAAGAUGGAUCCUCGCUUGCUGACGGACGCCAAUGGUCUGCCGAAGAUUGAGGAGGAUCUUACGGUUGUCCAGUCGCUGCUCACGUCUUUGUUUGGAGACGUCAAAGUAGACGAGGAAGGGAAGAAGCUCGUGAUUUCUGUGGACGGAGUUGCUGCCACUGUGGACUACACCAGCCGCAGCGUCGAGUGUGACGACGACAAUCUCAAAGAACGCAUCAAAUCUGCUCUUCACAGAAUGCAUAAUGUUCUACACCCUCUGGCGAUUGAAAGCUGAUCCAACACACCUGGUCCUUCAUGUGCUCGGUACGUUUUGUGAUCAUCAUCGCAGCAACAAAAUCCAUGACUUUUAAGUCUGGAGUUAUGCGCCCGACCCCGACUUGCCGACUUUUUAAGAUCUGGCAUGGUAUCGUUUCUUACUCAACCGGCACCUUUCACCAUCUGUGCAAGAUCAUAAGCUCGUCGUUGCUGACCUGUGUUGAUGUUCUCGACAAGUGUUUUUUAUAUUCGAAGAGGUGGGGAAUUAUGCUUACAACCACAAACGACUGCCGCUGCACUGGUGUUUCACACUACUCCAGAUUAAAAGAUAAAAAAACGAAGGAAAAGCGCAGUGUUGGCGCGUUGGUUUCCACCACCAUCGCAUGGACUGCGGACUGGAAACUCUCGUGAAGCCCAUGAAGUGGAAUCCGACGGCAUUCAGGCGUCGUCUAGUGGAGUUACAGGUAACUUUCUUCCCACCUAGCAAUGUUCCAGCAGAUGCUUCGCUUUUGGAUCCUCCGAUUUGGGGCCCCGGAAUGUAGGAGUGCGUUCCGCGACGCGGUCAGAGCGAUAUCCGGAAGACUGGACGGACGGCUUUUCUUUUCCACAGGAAAGAAAUCGUAGCGAGCACAGCACAAGAGGUUCUCUCUAUAAUGGUAGAGAUGCCAGAAGCUCCAGAGGGACUGCCAGGAGGUAUAAUUUUUGGAGCAGUGGCACUGUGGCAGUAGCUCACAGGGCAGGCCAGGCCAACAAGGAAAGCAUCUGUGUUGGAAAUGACGCUGAAAGGAUUGGAUUUAUUCCUUCGUGCUCGAGCACAUGGAUGAAAGAGGUCGACGGGUAUGGAAAAAAGAAGAUGGGAUCGAUCUGGAAGUUUGGGAGAGAGGAUAAAAAGAUAUCAUACUACUACUUCAGAGUACAUUAUAGUUACGUCUAAAGAUAUUCUUCCAUUCCAGACAGACAAAGAAGGGAUUGUGCUUUGCUUGGAGAGAGAUCCUUUGGGAAAGAUUCGAACCGGCGACCUCGGCGCUAGCAA